AGGGCGCCGUUGCAUUAUUGUCGUUCAAAGAUGAUUGUAGUUUUUGUUUGGAUUGUAUCUCCUUUUCUACGAUUUUGCGAGCUUAGGACGUCGAAUUAAGAUUUAUUUCGUCCGUUUUGUGUUGUGCAAAGUAUUAGACAUUGAUCCGCAGUGAAAUACGAGAAAGUGACUCUAAAAACCGUGAUAUGGAAUGGCGGAUAAAGGAAAUAGAAGGAAGUGUUUUAAAGUGCGGCAGCUCACCGGCCGUAGACAACAUUAAAUUAUUUAUUUUUCCGAAACCCGAAGUCUGUACAGUAAAGAACAUUUUGCGGUACAUAUUUAUUCACUUCAAGUUCUAACCUUAAAGAGAACUCUUUAUCCAACUUAUAAAGCUGUACAUUGUGGGCGAAAUCUUUGUUUCCUGCCAAAGAGUAGUAUACUAGCUUUUCAGGCAAAGCUACAUAAGGAGCACAGAAUGCUGUGUGAAAAACAUUUUAAUGAUGGUGAUUUCAAUGAUGCUUCCAAGAAAUGUAAAACCCAAAAGAUGAUUUUAUUGAAGGGUAUCAGGAUCAUGGUACCAUGGUACCCACUAUUUCUCCCGUGCAUUUUCAACUGCAAAUAGACUUGCUGUACUAAUGAAAAAGGUAGUUUAUAGUACUUUAUAUGAUAUUUUGUUUUCUUUAAAUAUCUAAAAAUGUUGACUAAAUAAUCUCAACAGCAACAACUUUAUAAUAAAUUAUUUCAUUGUGUUAACAUCAGAAGUGGGAUACAAUCCCUGUUAACGUCCACAUAAUAUAAUCUUCAAAUAGUGUGAUAGUUAUUAACUUUUUGAAAGACUUCGUGUUGAUGUCUUUGUUUUUAUUAAAUGUCAGAGAUGAAAUUUGCUGUACUAUUUACGACAUUGACAUACAAUUAAAGUGUAGAGUAAAAGUUUAAAGAGAAAUGUUUUAAGCCAAAAGAUAAAUCUUUUUGUUCAAUUAACAUUCAAUUGAUAAUAAGGUACCCACAAGUUCGCAAUUAUCCCUUUACGUAAAAAUGUCAAAAGAAAUGUUGGAGGUAUUUUAAGAUGAGUUAUAGUAUUGCAUCCAGUGGAAAUUUAACAUGCUCGAGUUAUAAUUGGAUAUGUGGUGUAAUUUACAUGGACUAAUUUUAAAGCUCAACAUGUUUUAACGAUAAACAAAAAAAAAUGCUUAACUUUAACGUGCGAUGAAUUAAAAAGACCAACUAGUAUUGUAUUCUAAUGUGUUGACAAGUGUCACAGUUUAAUCCAAGUGUUGUGUUCGACAAAAUUGGGAUCUAAUGUUGAGGGUAUAGUGGAAGGCGUGGUGCUGUGGCGCCCGCUCUUGAGUGGAAGUAUGCUGUGGGCUUAUGACGCCACAGGCACAUUAUUUGCCGCUGCUAGCGAUCACCAUUUGAUACACGAGGAAAGCAAAUUUAUCCUAAACAUUGUCUUAAAAAUAUUUUGUAAGAAUGAGUGCUUAACUUUUUAAUUAGUUGCGGAAAAACAAAGUAUAACUGACGAAAUCGAAGUAAAUAAAAAUUAGUUGACAUUGAAGAGAUAAUUUAACGAUACAUGAGGAUCGCACCAUACCAGAGGUUGUCGUGUAGCCGCAGCUCAGUAUAUGGUGUCCUAGAAAAGCGAAUGGUGUCCCAAGAGUAGUGCUGCACUUCUUGAAAUCAAGUUCCAACGGAGACUUUUUAAUGUUUUCUUUUAUGUGUUACAGUAGCACGUGUGAUGUGAUUACAUGUACGCGAGUGUAAGGCGAGUGUGUGCCUUGCUGGUCGGUAUGGACUACCGGGUCCAGCUGUAUCAUGGCCUGGUUUCGGCAGACGCGUAUGCUGCACGCGCGGUGGGCGCCGUUCCGAAGCGCGCGUAUGUUAUACAUGGCGGUGCCUCGCGAGUCGUAUACUAUGUGUGCGCGGAAGUGUUAUACUCUGUAUGCGCGGAAGUCGUGUUCUCUGAACAUGCAGCAGGCUCUAUCCGGCCAGGCGCUGUCCUGGUUCACGUUAACGUGAUUCACGUGGUUAACGUAGGAUCUCGCAAGUUUAAGUAAGAGUAUGUGUGAGAUACUUCGUAUGGAGAUGUAUGCUUAAAUGUGAAAGCGAAGUGCUUUAUUAUAGUCCACGGUAUGAGAGCGUAUGUCUGUUUGAGGGCCCUCGUAUGCGUGAUGGAUGAGAGGAUAGGUAACUGUGUAUCCUGCCUGCUAAUUAAAAAGUUGAUUUUUCACGUAGACCACGAUGAUUGCAACGCAAUAAACGCACAAAAUAUAAAAGGCGUAGGCGAUCGCGUUCUUUGAGCUUAAAGAAAUUUAAGAGUCAGGACAGGCCGAAGCAAAUAAAGAUAUUUUCAAAAAAAAAAAAACUAUGAACUUUUAGGUGGUAAGGUAUAAGGAAAUACAUCACAAAGUCGAUGUUAGGUAGUACCGAAAAAGUGUAUAUGGCAAAAUUUUUGAUUGCAUUUUACUGAGUGCGCAAGUCUGUACAAAAUAUUGGUAAAGCACAUAAAAAGUUAAACAAAACCGAGAUAAGCAUAGUUUAAAUAAGCUUGUUACGUUUAAGUAAAACGAAAUAUCUUAUUAAAACGCAACUGGAAUGAACUUGGUACCUUUAAGUGAGACUAAAUGUCCUUUAAACGAAAGUGAUUCCAGGAGAAAGACGAACCUGGUCUCUUAAGUGUGACAAGUUCCUUUAAGUGCAGCUGGUCUUAAAAGUGCCGUCGAGUUUUGUAGAACUAAAAAUAUGUAACCUGAUUGUAACAUUUCACUAUAAACUUGCGUCAGGAUCAGUUUAUAAAAAAAAAGAUAAUUGAUAUAUAUAAAAGUAGUUUCUAAUCAAUUUAUGUCUUCGCAGUAUUUUAAAUGGACUCGUGAGGUUCCUGAGGCAGGAACCAUGCAGGAUGGCAGUGUUGGCAACCAACAUCGGCCGCCCCUCUUCGUGCACAACGGAAGUGAAGUGGAAAGGGAAAUGUAUAAAUUAGGGUGCAUCAUGAUUCUUGGGCAUUCCGUUUGAGAACACGCGUCGAAUUAGUCAAAGUGUAAUUAAGUGUCGUGAUUACAAAACCUGUAAUAUUGAGUGAUUUGUACAAAUAUUAAUUGAAUACAUAUAUAGUCAUGGAUUCGACCCCACACAGAGUGAUACAAGUACGUGCAUAAAUACUAUUGCUGACUUUGCACCCAGUGUGUGGCCUAUAUCGUGCCACUUGAGUAAGCAAAUGUAAUAGAGUCUGCAUGAAAGAUGUAUUAGAAUAAGUUUGCCAUUGUCGAAGUACAUGAGCUUCUGUACGG